CGGCUGAAGAAAGACCUGAUGGCGCUGAAAGAGGAGAGUCAAGAACUGAAUGAAAUUGAAGAGAAAGAUCAAAAUGAGAAACAUCAUGAUUUCAAAACUGAAGAAAAAACAAUUAGUUGCUCACGGACUAAAAAGACCUCCUCACGAGAAAAAACUCAAAAAACAACAAUAUGCCCUCAAUGUGGAAAAUGUUUGACACGUAAAAAAAACCUUAAGGCUCACAUGAGAAUUCACACAGGAGAGAGACCUUACACCUGCUCUCAGUGUGGAAAGAGUUUUACACUGAAAGGUCACCUUAAUGCCCACAUGAGAAGUCACACUGGAGAGAAACCUUAUACCUGCAAACUGUGUGGGAAGAGUUUCUCACUUAGUGGAGGUCUUAAGACUCACAUGAUAAUUCACAUUGAAAAGAAUCCAUUAGUAUGCUCUCAGUGUGGAAAGUGUUUUACACAGAAAAAAAACCUUAAUACCCACUUGAGAAUUCACACUGGAGAGAAACCUUACACCUGCCCUCAGUGUGGAAAGAGUUUCAGGCUCAAAGAUAAUCUUAGGACUCACAUAAGAAGUCACACUGGAGAGAAGCCAUUCACAUGUGAUCAGUGUGGAAAGAGUUUCAGAUAUAAAGAAAACCUUAAUAAUCACAUGAAGAUGCACUCAAGAGAGAACAGUUUUAAAUGUCAUCAGUGCGAAAGGAGUUUCACAGACAGGAAACAUCUUAAGAAUCAUGUUAAAAUUCACAUCGGAGAAAAGCCUAACAUGUGCCAUCACUGUGGAAAGAGUUGCUCAACUGAAGGAAGCCUCAAGGAUCACAUGAGAAUUCACACUGGAGAGAAACCUUUCACCUGCGAACAGUGUGGAAAGAGUUUCAGGGUUAAAGGAAACCUUCAGAUUCACAAGGUAGUUCACACUGGAGAGAAACCUUACAAGUGUCCUCGGUGUGAGAAGAGAUUCACAUUUCAAAGCAGCAUGAAACGCCAUUUGCAAACUCAUUCUCUAAAGAAAUCACCAUUUUCCCCAGAGUGACAAGGUUUAGGAAAAGGAGUAAUUUCUACAAUCAUCUGCACAAUCAUUUUGGAAGACAUUCAAGUGUAGUCAGUGUAAUAAAGCAUUGUGUGAAAUCAAGUCUAUGUUCACGGUGCAGCUGAAUGUGGGCUACAUCUGACUGUUACCUUCAUGACUACUUUUUUUUUUACUACUUUUAUUUGCAUAUUUCACCUCUUUAUGGUUCACCAUAAGGCUUUUUAUUUUAUAUUAAAAAAAGAUGGUCAGGUAUGGUCACAGGAGUUAAUAUGCACAAAAAUAGUUUUAAAUAUUGAGCGGUUGUGGUAGAUUCCCUCUAAUUUCAACUCAAUUCAGUGUGUUGAUUCCUCUGAAUCAAAAUAUUAGUCAAACUUCUACUUUACAGUGAAAUGUAACAAUGUAACUGGAAGCUUAAAAAUAAAUGGACAAACUGAACAAAAUGACUUGUUCCCAUUGAUUGUAGGUGUAUUUUAGCUCAUUAUGUUAUCAAUUUCAAUUGAAUGUUGUAACA